UAUUUCACUCAAGGAAGGAUUAAGCAGCUUCAGCGCUACCAUUUAUCGGAAAUUCUUAUUCAUUUCACUCAACAAUAAUUCCUGCAACUAUGGCGUUCCGAAGAAAAUCCAUGACUAUAGCGGAGGAGGACGCAUUCGUGCUCACCUUUGAGGAACUUAUCGACGAAAUAGAAACGCUACCCGAGUACCAGGAUGAUAUGCAGGAGUCCUUGGCCAUGCUGAGAAGAGCAGUUUGUUACAAUGUUCCGGGUGGGAAACAAAUUAGAGGACGUGGCGUGGUCGCAGCGUAUCGUGCUUUGGUUGACGAACCCAACUAUGACACCAUCAAGGAAACAUAUAUUUUAGGAUGGUGCAUUGAAAUUUUUCAAACCUGCUUCCUUGUCAUCAACGAUUUAAUCGAAAAUUCUGAAAAUCGACGAGGAAAAUUGUGCUGGUAUUUACUUGACAACAUUGGAGACAUCGCCAUUAGUGACGCUCAUUUGAUGUCGGGUGUCGUUAAUAUCGUUCUGGACCGUUACUUUUAUGACAAGCCAUAUUAUCCAGACUUGAUAAAGUUAUUCCACAACAUUCAUCUCACAACCUGCCUUGGACUAUGCAUGGAUACACAAUCAAGUAAAACGGGUGGUUCUGAAGGGUAUUCCAUGGAACGAUACAGUAAAAUUGUCAAGUACAAAACAGGCUAUAAUUCGUUCUUUCUACCGGUUUCCUGUAGUAUGAUCCUAGUAGCAAAUAAAACAAAUGAAGACGAUUACAAAGAAAUUGAAGAGCUGGUCUUGGAAAUGGGAUUAUUGUUCCAAGCGCAGGAUGACUUUCUCGAUUGUUUUGGCGACCCUAGACUAACUGGACGAUUCGGUACUGACAUUGCAGAAAAUAAAUACUCGUGGUUAAUCGUGAAAGCAUUCGAGAAAGCGAAUUCGGAACAGAAAGAGCUACUUUUAGCCAACUACGGUCUUGGGAAACAGAGUUCUGUGAAAAAUGAAAGGACGGUAUUGAAUAUCUAUAAAGAUCUCGGGCUUUUGCAUGAUUAUCGAAAGUUUGAGGACGCAACGUAUGCAUCCAUUUGUGACAGAAUUGGAAAACUUGGUAAUCGCAUUCCUACAUCAAUUUUCGCCGAAACUGCGGAAAUAAUUUAUAGAAGGAAUAAAUAGGUUGUGACAUGCGAAUAUUUAAGAAUAUGUGGAUACUAGUAAAAUAGGGAACUACCAGAUGAAACGAUAAAUUUAUAACUUGUUUUCAGUGUUAGUUUAUGUACAUAUGUAUUUAACCUAAUGAUAGAGUUUAUGAAUUUCGUUGUGUUCAAGGUACAAAAUUAAUAAGCCAUGUAAUCGUAAAAUUGUAUCUGUAUGCUAAAUAAAGUUUUGGCAUAAAAAUACC